CUGACCGUCGCUCGGCCUUUUGCCUCGACACUCGUGAUUCGCGACAUCUCUCCCCACACCGUUCCCCUCCCAGAGUGGCAGGAACAGUAGUGUUAGCUUUUGCAGUACACGUUACUUCUCGUUAGCCUUGUGUCCUUGGACAAAUUAGGUAGUUCCUGUACUCUUCUCUUUCCCGACCCGUGAGAGCCAACUACCUUUCGGCGUUGUGAAGAUUAAGUGAGGGAAGUGAAGUGUUUGGCACCUAGAAGAGGUGCCAGUAAGUUUCAGUCAUUGUCGUUCUUACCGCAAAACUCUUGGAAAGGCGUUUGAUUCUCAAGAGAACCCGAGAGUGAGGCAUUGUUUUUAAAAAAUGGCAACACUGAAACCCAGAGAGAUGAUGUGCACAAGGGCACUGUGUCAGAGCCCUGAUUCCAACUUAGUCACCCUGGUCCUAGUUUACUGCUUCCGCUAGCCAGCCUAUUCCCCAGCACCCCGAAUACGCACAACUGACCUCUUCCCUCAACAGGCACGUGAAGCUUUCAGUAAUUUACCCCCCUUCUAAUCCCUUGAGUCUCUCAAGUAUUCCUGCUGUUCUUUUAUUGUAGAGGCGCUGAGUUUAUUAAGUGAACUGGCUUGCCGGACACAACUUGCGUGGCGGUAUUCUGGCUUGCUCCAGCUUGCCUCAGUGCUGGGAAACAGGGAAUGGAGUCCUCGAAUGUGCUUCCAUGGCUGAAUCACCACCUUACCUCUUCUUUCUACCAAAAGCUUUGAAUAUCUCUCAACAUUUUUGUAAGGAUAAGGGAAGGUUUGGAAAUUAGAACGUUAUUUUCAAAAGCAUUUAUUUAGCACUUGUGUGCUCUGGAGACAAAUGAAGAAAGUAGAAUUAAGAGGACUUGAUACUUCAUUGGCCAGUCCCUUUCUUUUGUCCUCUACAUGUCAAAGGAAAAUGCUGCUAUUUGUGAUGAAAUUGCUCGUCUGGAGGAAAAAUUUCUUAAAGCAAAAGAAGAAAGACGGUAUUUGCUAAAGAAGCUCCUCCAGCUUCAGGCCCUAACAGAAGGGGAGGUACAGACUGCAGCUCCUGCCCACAGCUCUAGUUUGCCCCUGACUUACGGUGUGGCCAGCUCUGUGGGAGCUAUCCAGGGAGCUGGGUCCAUUUCUGGGCCCAGCACUGGGGCUGAGGAACCAUUUGGGAAGAAAUCCAAGAAGGAGAAAAAAGAAAAAGGCAAAGAGAACAACAAACUGGAAGUUCUGAAGAAAACAUCCAAGAAAAAGAAAAUGGAGGGAGGUGCUCGCAAGCUGGUUCAGCCCAUUGCCCUGGAUCCCUCAGGACGGCCUGUGUUCCCCAUCGGACUGGGGGGUCUAACAGUAUAUAGCCUGGGGGAGAUCAUCACCGACCGACCUGGCUUCCAUGAUGAGCGCGCCAUCUACCCCGUGGGCUACUGCAGUACUCGAAUAUAUGCCAGUGUCAAGUGCCCAGACCGGAAGUGUCUGUAUACCUGCCAGAUCAAGGAUGGUGGCAUGCAGCCUCAGUUUGAAAUUGUUCCUGAAGAUGACCCCCAGAACGCCAUUGUCACCUCUUCUGCAGACGCCUGUCACGCAGAACUGCUCCAGACCAUAAGUGCUGCUAUGGGGAAACUAAUGCCCAACCUGCUUCCAUCUGGAGCUGACUUUUUUGGGUUUUCUCAUCCAACUAUUCACAACCUGAUCCAGAGUUGUCCAGGAGCUCAAAAAUGCGUCAAUUACCAGUGGGUGAAAUUUGAUGUAUGGAAACCCGGAGACGGGCAGCCGCCCCAAGGACUGCCAGAGAAUGAUGCAACUGUAAGCUUCAAAGCCUUUCAGAGACAGGCCUUUGGUGAAGAUCAUAGUGAUCCCAUUCUGCAAGGAUCCUUGGACCUUCCAGAGCUUCAGCCCACACCCUUCGUGUCUUCUUACGAACCCGUGUUCCUGACGCACGAACCCCUGGUGGACACUCACCUGCAGCACCUGAAGUCUCUGUCACAGUGUAGCCCGACCCCGUCUUCAGAUUGAGCAGGAGGGGGUCGCAUAGCAUGUCAUUUAACUUAAAGUAAAACUCCAGAUAUGGAAGAAGACAGCACUUCAGGAGCGAAGGAGAUACCAACACAUUUUGUCAUGGAGGCUCCUCUGGUGACAGUGUUCCCUGGGAAAAACUUCAGCUGCUUUAUUUUUAGCAAUAAAUUUCUCUUUACAAAUCUGCUUAUUUUCAUCUUGUUGUAAUCAGGAUUUUUUUUUCCUUUUUUUUUUUUUUUUUUUUUUGGUUAGCCCUGCCUGAGGUAAACUUAGUGUUCUGUAAGCCCGAGUGAGAGGAGGCUGCCGACUCGGGAGGGAGAGGUAGGAAUCUGAAAGCCUUGCCCCUGGAUUCUGCUCCUAGCUCCAGGAAUGAAGUCCUGGCCCCUGCUACCCAAGAAGCUGCUCUGUUUUCAUGUCGCUAGGAUCACAGCCCAGGGCUACUUGUCCCCGAGCUGGAGAGGCCAGGCUGAGGCACGCCGUUCAUCUUCUCCUUCACACGUCACAUCCUUCAAGGAAAUCAAAAAGUCCUCUGUAAUCCUGUCCGCCCCCUUUGCUGUUCCUUAUCUGAGAAUGUGCUUGUCGCUGAAUAAACUGAGUGCACAUGAUAACAGAGAUACAGCGUGUCGGGGGGCAGCCCCCAUCCCGCGCGGCAGGCUCCCCCCGUCCCUUCACUAGCCGGCUAAUAACAUGACUGUAUUCUAUGCAACUGGAUGUGUUGGCCCUGCCCGUGACGCCGAGGGGGAGCUUUCCCGCCUCGCCUGAUCCGGACCACAGCAGAGCCGUGUGGGCUGCCUCGCUGGCCGCCAGCCAGGUACCUGGGCCGGCCAGAAGGAAGCCACGGAAGGACCCCAGAAGGGCAAGACCGGAGAACGAGUGGUGACAGGUGUCGCUGUGCCGCAGUUCCUAGCUGCUGACUGGGGACAACAAGAAGGGGGAUCUUGUGCCCCAGGAGUAGAUGCGCCGGCGGAGGGAGGGGUCGGACAGCCACGCUAAGUGCACAGCGCACUGGCCACGGAAGUACCCGAAACUAAAGUAACCGCCGUUCACUUUAUGACUCUUCACUGCAGUCUUUUUAUAAGUCUGUGUAGCUUUCCACAGUACAAAAAAAUAAAAUCUGGAUAACAGCAAGCCAGGGGCUCAAAGGGGAUGACUCAGAGCUGUCCGUGCUCUCAGGCCUUCCUCUCCUCGCCGCCUAAGUUGGCUGGACGCGUGCCUGCGCAGACGGGACAGCUGCUUUAACACGGAGCGAGGGUCUUCCCCUUGUAGCGCGGUCGGAGUGAAACACGCCAAAACGAGCUCAUUUUAAGGAAGACAUUUUUUAAAUAAGUUAUCGUGCUGUUUGCUUUAAUAAGAGUAUUUACUUUGUAGCCUUCCUAGAGGAGUGGUUUUCAAACUACAGAUCUCCACCCACUGCUUGUUCCUAAACUUAGGGAGUCAAGACCUCUGUUUUUUAAAUUAAAUAAAACAAUUAGAACUUAGUAGAAUGUGUCACAUGUCCAAACGUUGAAAUUUGGGUUUCAACUAUAGUGUGUACAUAAUGAAUUUAUGUAAAAAUCACAUGCAUACACAUGAAAGGGGUACAUGGAAUAAAUAUAAAAUGUU